AUCGACUACCCGGAAGUGCAUGGAGGAAGGAUGCAUCGACCACCGCACCCUCAUCCCAUAACCGACCAUCGACAGGUCAAUUUGGUCUUCGAUGACACGUUUUCCCAGGGCCUGACAGGCAGGCCAGAGCUGUACCAAAAAUCCAACAGAAGCAGCCAUUCGAGUGACACAAGUUCAGCAUACAGUGGUUCAGAUACCAUGACAUCUGUACAAGGUUCAUUAGAUGCAGAUGCGGACGAUGUUGAUUUAUCUGGUCUUGUUGAAUCCAUAGUGGAUAGCGAUGAAGAGGAAGAUCUUGCAGAGAGCAUGGACAGCUUGACUGUCCGUGAUCCAGUUAGAGAAUGUUUGGAAAAAGAUCCUAUGGAAAGAACAGAAGAUGAUAUAGAAACGCUCUUAGAAUUCACUCAACAAUUAAAGGCCUUCACAAACAUGACCUUGGCAGUAAGAAGAGCGCUGUGCGCUGUAAUGGUGUUUGCUGUGGUUGAACGUGCUGGUAUGAUAGUCUUAAACGAUGGAGAAGAACUAGACAGCUGGAGUGUGCUUAUAAAUGGUGCUGUGGAAAUUGAGCAUAGCAAUGGAGAAAUUGAACAGCUGCACCUUGGUGAUAGUUUUGGAAUAUUGCCCACUAUGGAAAGACUUUUGCAUAGAGGUGUCAUGAGGACAAAAUGUGAUGACUGCCAAUUUGUAUGUGUUACUCAGGCAGAUUAUUUUAGAAUUCAACAUCAAGGAGAAGAAAAUACAAGGCGGCACGAAGAAAACGGAAGAGUGAUUUUAGUAACUGAAUUAAGAGGUGCUUUAGAUGGAGGAGCACGGAGGGGUCAUGUAGUUAUUCGAGGGACUCCUGAACGUUUAAUGUUACAACUUAUCGAAGAAAACAGUAUUACCGAUCCCACUUAUAUAGAGGAUUUCUUAUUAACGCAUCGAACAUUUAUCGACAGUCCUUUAUUAGUUGCGACUCAAUUGUUGGAAUGGUUUGAUCAAGCACAAGUUAGGGAUAGAGUUGCCCGUGUAGUACUUCUUUGGGUAAAUAAUCAUUUUACUGAUUUUGAAACUGAUCCCGCUAUGAUGGAAUUUUUGGAAGCGUUUGAAGCCGGUUUAGAAAGAGAGAAAAUGCAAGGACAACAAAGAUUAUUAAAUAUCGCGUGUGCAGCGAAAGCGAGAACGCGGAAUGUAACGUUAGCAAGGCCGACAAGAGACGAGGUCUUGCAUUUUAGUAUUUUAGGGGGAUAUGAAAGGGGUUUCGGCAUUUUUAUUUCUAAAGUGGAUAAAAAGUCAAAAGCUGAAGAUGUUGGUUUGAAACGUGGUGAUCAGAUUUUAGAAGUAAAUGGACAGAGUUUCGAGCACGUGAGUCACGCCAGGGCUCUCGAAAUUUUAAGGGGAUCUACUCAUCUUAGUAUAACUGUUAAAUCAAACUUACUUGCGUUUAAAGAAAUGCUUCAGAUGCCAGAUGACUCGCCGAGGCCGCGGGGAAGGGCAAACAAACCCGAGAUUUCAAGAAUACAAACAGAUCCACGGGCAAGGUUGUCCACGCACGUGGACCCGAUAACUCCAGCAAAUCCAUUGAAUCCUUUAGUGGGCGGUGUUCCGCUGUUAAUACCCGAUUCAAAUGUUUCUCCUUGUAAAGAUGCUAAAAAAGAGCAUAAAGGAUUUAUGACGCUUGGACCGAAAAAGAGAUUGCAGAAAGCUCUCAUGAAAAUGAAUAUACUGCCAAAGAAUACUAUUAAUGACGGUGUACACGUAGACGAUCCUCUUGCACCUCCGCAUACACCACCUGGAACAGGAGGACUUUCACAGACUACCAAUCUUUAUCAUUCAAAAAGUAAUCCUGACCUUACGUCGUUAUAUUGUUAUGACGACUUGAGGGCGCCUGACUAUCCGGAACAUGUUUUGAAAGUUUAUAAAGCCGAUCAAACUUGUAAAUAUCUUCUUAUUCAUAAGGAAACAACAGCGCACGAGGUGGUAAUGCUCGCCCUUCAAGAAUUUGGUAUAACCGCUGCCGAAGGCAGUUCGAAUUUUUCUUUAGCUGAAGUGAGCGUUGGAGAAGGGGGAAUGAUCAAACAACGCAGGCUACCUGAUCAAUUGCAAAACCUUGCAGAACGAAUUGGCUUAAGUUCUCGGUAUUAUUUGAAAACUAAUGGUAUCUCGGAGACAUUCGUAGCAGAUGAACAAGCGCCGGAACUUAUACGCGAAUCUCAGGUUCAUUUCUUACAAUUAAAUGCCGUUGAAGUCGCGAUUCAACUGACUCUACAAGAUUUUAGUAUAUUCAGACAAAUUGAAUCUACGGAGUACGUGGAUGAUUUAUUUGAAUUAAAGAGUAGAUACGGAGUGCCUAUGCUCAGGCAGUUUGCAGAACUAGUCAACAGAGAAAUGUUUUGGGUUGUGACAGAAGUUUGUUCUGAACAUAAUCUUGUUCGACGUAGUAAAAUAAUAAAACAAUUUAUAAAAAUAGCCCGACAAUGUAAAGAAUGUAAAAAUUUCAAUUCCAUGUUUGCGAUUGUGUCCGGCUUGGGCCAUGGAGCUGUUUCGAGAUUAAGAGCUUCCUGGGAAAAACUACCGAGUAAAUAUCAAAGGCUCUUCAGCGAUCUACAAGAAUUAAUGGACCCUAGCCGUAAUAUGAGCAAAUAUCGACAAUUGGUAGCGUCCGAACAAACGCAACCUCCCAUAAUUCCAUUUUAUCCAGUAGUAAAAAAAGAUUUGACGUUUAUACACCUUGGCAACGAUUCCAGAGUGGAAGGUUUGGUGAACUUUGAAAAGCUGAGGAUGAUUGCGAAAGAAGUGAGAACGUUAACGAAUAUGUGUUCUUCACCCUACGAUUUGUCGAUAAUGUUAGAGAGAGGUGGUCAACCACCUAGUUCUGCCAUGGUUGCGUUAAAUCAAAUGACUACUGGAAAUCAAGUGUUGCAAUGUCCAGGAGGACAAACGGCAACAGUAAAGAGACGGAAAAAAUCUACGGCUGCGCCAAAUCCGAAAAAGAUGUUCGAAGAGGCUCAGAUGGUUCGAAGAGUGAAAGCGUACCUUGCUAACAUGAAAGUAAUAACUGACGAGGAACGGUUACACGCCUUGUCCGUGGAAUGUGAACCUCAUGCAGGAACUGCUGCAGUAGCCGCAGCGGUACCUCUUAGUGGAAGCAGAGGAAGAAGGCAUCCUUCGCCUACUUUGUCGACUACAAGCAGCGCCAGCAGCACCAGUGAAGGUAGAAAGAGUAUACAAGGUACAAAGUUCGGAGCUGCAUCGCCGCAAGCAGUACGGAAAAUGUUAGCGCUUUCCGACCCUCACAAAACUCGUCCGUACCAACCAAAACAUUGUCCACCGGCGCUUCCAGUGCCUGGAUUGGCGUUGCAUUCCAGUGGAUUGGAGCCUAGUCCCGGUGCACCUAGGAGAGUAGGAUCUGGUAGCAGAGUUCCUAUGCAUGAGAGAUCCCAUAGCGAUACUCCUUCCAGUUUACCACCACCUGUCGAUCUCAGCGCUGAAAGUAGUAGCGUAACCAGCCUGAGCAAUCUUCAGCCGUUAAGAAAAACGUUGACCAGU